CUUCUAUUAAUCUCUCAUCAUCAGUGUCUGUUUUUCCAACUGGGGAGGUAGUUUCAGCAAUUGGGUCACCAAAAAUUCCAUCAAAUUCACUUCAAAAAUGCUUCUUUGAAACUUUCGAGUGCGCAUGUGAUGGAUCUGGAAGGUGGAACUCGUUCAAAGAGAGGAGGAGAAUCAUGGAGAACUGUUCUCACUCUGGCGUAUCAGAGCCUCGGAGUGGUGUACGGUGAUUUGAGCAUUUCGCCGCUGUAUGUUUUCAGAAGCACUUUCGCGGAGGAUAUUGGUCAUACACGGAGCAACGAUGAGAUUUUCGGUGUUUUGUCUUUGGUGUUUUGGACUGUGACGUUGGUUCCUUUGAUGAAAUAUGUGUUCAUAGUGUUGAAAGCGGAUGAUAAUGGUGAAGGGGGCACUUUUGCUUUGUAUUCUUUGCUGUGUCGGCAUGCUAGAGUUAACUCGCUGCCGAAUGGCCAGGUGGCGGAUGAGGAGUUGUCUGAGUAUAGUAAGGAUGUGAGUGCGGCACCGCAUAGUGGUAGUUUUGGGAGCAAGCUCAAGUGCACGCUUGAGAAGCAUAAGGUUCUGCAGAGGAUUUUGCUUGUUUUGGCUUUGAUUGGAACUUGCAUGGUCAUUGGUGAUGGCAUCCUUACACCAGCUAUCUCAGUUUUCUCAGCCGUGUCGGGAUUAGAGCUUUCGAUGUCCAAGCAGCAUCAUGCGUAUAUAGAACUUCCAGCUGUAUGCAUCAUCUUAACAGGCUUGUUUGCACUUCAACAUUAUGGCACGCAUAGAGUUGGCUUCUUGUUCGCUCCUAUAGUUAUGACGUGGCUUUUCUGCAUCAGUGCCAUUGGAAUAUAUAAUAUAUUUUGGUGGAAUCCUCAUAUAUACAAAGCACUCUCUCCCUAUUAUGUUUACCAAUUUAUAAAGAAAACCCGGAGAGGAGGAUGGGUGGCCCUUGGUGGAGUUUUGCUGUCAAUAACAGGAUCAGAAGCCAUGUUUGCUGAUCUGGGGCACUUUUCACAAUUAUCAAUCAAGAUUGCUUUCACUUCUGUGGUGUAUCCAUCUUUAGUUCUCGCAUAUAUGGGGCAAGCUGCUUAUCUAUCUAAACAUCAUGAAAUUGAUGAGCGUCAUUUCAACUUUUAUGUAUCUGUACCAGAGAAAUUGAGGUGGCCAGCUCUGGUGAUAGCCGUACUCGCUGCAGUGGUGGGAAGCCAAGCCAUCAUCACUGGAACAUUCUCAAUUAUCAAGCAAUGCUCUGCGUUAAGUUGCUUCCCAAGAGUUAAAGUGAUUCACACUUCAUCCAAAAUUCACGGGCAAAUAUACAUCCCUGAGAUCAAUUGGCUAUUGUGGCUCUUGUGUUUGGCUGUAACUAUCGGUUUCAGAGACACAAGGCGUCUUGGUCACGCCUCAGGUUUGGCAGUUAUCACAGUCAUGCUAGUCACCACCUGUUUGAUGUCACUGGUUAUUGUACUAUGCUGGCACCAGAAUGUUGUCCUUGCCCUUGGGUUUGUUUUCUUCUUUGGCACCAUUGAAGCUUUCUUCUUCUCUGCUUCUCUUAUCAAGUUCCUAGAAGGAGCUUGGGUUCCCAUUGCACUUGCUCUUAUAUUGCUCACUGUCAUGUAUGCUUGGCACUACGGCACACUCAAAAAGUAUGAAUUCGAUGUUCAAAACAAGGUUUCCAUCAACUGGCUCCUCGGCCUAGGUCCCAGCAUCGGCAUUGUCCGAGUGCGCGGUGUCGGUCUCAUACACACCGAGCUAGUGUCCGGAAUUCCCGUAAUCUUCUCCCACUUCGUCACCAACCUGCCAGCCUUCCAUCAAGUCCUAGUUUUCCUCUGCAUCAAACACGUGCCGGUCCCACAUGUUCGGCCUGAGGAACGGUUUCUAGUAGGCCGCGUGGGUCCGAGACAUUUCAGGCUCUACCGGUGCAUCGUGCGGUACGGAUACCGCGACGUCCACAAGGAUGAUAUCGAGUUCGAGAACGAUCUUAUAUGCAGCCUAGCGGAGUUCAUACGCUCUGGAAGCGCCGGAUUAAAUAACUCUCCAAAUGAUGAGCCAGAGAAAGAUGAUAAAAUGACAGUUGUUGGGACAUGUUCUACACAUUCCUUCUCAAUGAGUGAGGAUCAUGUGGAUAAUGUUGAUAAUGUGGCAGGGACAUCAGAGGUUAAGGAGAUAAAGUCACCCCAGGUGGCCCAACAGAAGAAAAAGGUGAGGUUUUUGGUACCAGAGAGCCCAAAGAUUGAUUUAGAAGCAAAGGAAGAGUUGGAGGAGGUGAUGGAAGCAAGGGAGGGUGGUGUGGCUUACAUUAUAGGACAGUCUUAUAUGAGAGCUAAACCAGGGUCUGGCAUGCUGAAGAAGAUAGCUAUUAAUUUUGUGUAUGAGUUUCUAAGGAGGAAUAGCAGGGCACCCUCUUUUGUGCUUAGUGCUCCUCAUGCAUCAUCUCUUGAAGUUGGGAUGAUGUACCAAGUAUAGAUUUUUUUUUUAAUUUUUUUUUUUAUUUUACAAAAGAUAGAGUUGUCAUGUAAAUAUUUUCAUCUUUAUAUAGAUAAUCAAAAAGCCCUCACAAAUCAA